AUGGCCGCCUGCAACUCCAAGGAUUUCCCGAUCGCAAACGUGCAGUGCCAGUACGACUCCCCGGACGAGAGACCGGAGCAGACAGACCACACCUAUGACACGCGAGACGAACCGCCAGCCUUCAUCAUACACCAGCCGGUACAGCUUCAGGCGUCGGCGGCGCCGUACGUGGAGGUGACGCCGAGCCAGAAGAUAUACCCUGCAGUCAACGUCAUACACGUCGGGGAGAAUAAUAGGCGACAACAACAAACACAUCAAUCUGAAUACAUAAACAUCAACAAACGCAUCCGCCGCAGCGAAGUGGUGCUGCGACAGGCCGCAGACUGCGUCAGUCGCGGACUCACCUUCCAGACAGUGUCGCACCAGUUCAACAUACCCAUAUCUACUAUACGAUUCUUUAUGGCGAGAAAAGGAAUCCUACCACAGAGGAGACGCGGACGCAGUACAGUGACCCCGCGCCCCUGCUCGAGUCCGGAGCCUCCAUACCACAUGCAGCACUACAAACUGCCCGACAUGGUCGCGCUGCGGGACAGCGAGAACUCCAACGAGUAACGCCGCUCGUCCACAGAUGGCGCUGUUGUCAAACUACAGGUAUCUGCCGAAGCGAGAAUUCCCGCGAGUAACGUCACUUGUCCAUAGAUGGCGCUGUA